GUGAAGCAGAAGAUGCAGAUCUUUGUGAAGACCAUCACCCUCAAGGUUGAGCCCAGUGACACCAUCAAGAAUGUCAAAGCCAAAAUCCAAGACAAAGAGGGCAUCCCACCUGACCAGCAACAUCUGAUAUUUGCCGGCAAAAAACUGGAGAACUGUUGGACCCUCUCUGACUACAUCAAAAAAGAGUCCACCCUGCACCUAGUGCUUCACCUACGAGAUGGGAUCAUUGAGCCGUCCCUGUGCCAGCUUGCCCAGAAGUACAACUGUGACAAGAUGAUCUGCCGCAAGUGUUAUGCCCACCUGCACCCCUGUGCUGUCAACUGCCACAAGAAGAAAUGUGGCCACACCAACAACCUGCGCCCCAAGAAGAAGGUCAAGUAA